AUGGCGUCCAAUGGACCAGACGAUGAUGCCCCCACACCAGCAGCAGCAACAGGAGAAGGAGCUCCGCCAGCCAAGGUCCCCUCCGAAAAGGAGCUCGCCCGCAAAAUCCGGAAGCGCGAGCUUGACCGCCGGGCCCAGAGGCAAGCUCGCGAGCGCACCCGCAACCGCAUCGCCGAGCUCGAAGCCCAAGUCAAGGAGCUCCGAAAGGAUGACUCGACGAGGCUGUCGGCCGCCAUGGAGCAGCUAGCCUCGGUCACGCGCGAACGGGAUGGCCUGUUCGACACCUUCAAGUCCAUCGAGCAGACGAUCCGCGACCAUGUGCUGCCGAGCCGCCCAACCCCAGCAGCGACGCAGCAACGCUCUCCUCCUCCCACCGUGACAGCGUCAACAUCCCUGCCACCAGCAGGUUCUCGGGAUGCGACUAUGCUUACGGAGCUCUCGGCGCCAACGUACACCGCACCCAUGGGCCUGCUGCCCGAAACCCCCGCCGCCCUCGACGUCCACGGUUUCCACGGUAGUGUCAACGGCGCCGUCGUCGGCAGCGUGCCGAACGGAUUCCCGGCAUCCAGCGUACAUGCGCCCAGCGUCCACGCACCCAGCUCCACGUCUGACAGCCAGGACUUCGUCGACGACGAGGACGACGACGGGGACGAUGCUCCAGACGAUCCCAAUCUCAUCGUGCCACCGCCUGAAGCGCACUGCGACUGCGUCACUGUCCGGACCCCGGCAGGUCCAGCGCCGCCGAGGGUGAACGUAUGGCGGGCGGUCAACCAGGUCUUGGCGAAGCGGUGUCGCAUAUCAAAGGAAGCUCACGCGGUCGAGGAUGCCAACGACGAGGACAUACCCGUGCGGGUACUGCUCGAAGGCUGGGAUGCCGUCGCCAGGUCGCGACCGCUAUCCAAGCUGUGGAGGAAGCUUCGGAGGGUCGACGAGUUGUGCUUUGUGACUUGCCCACCGACUGAACGGCUGGCGAUCCUUCGGACUAUGCACCUGCUGCUGCAGUAUCACUCCGAUCCUACCCCGGAACGAUAUGCUAAGCUACCUACCUGGUACCUGAAGAGACCGUCACAGGCGAUGCCUCACUCUUACGCUAUCGACUUUUUCGUCUGGCCCGGUGUUCGAGAACGGUUCGUCUUCGGACAGCACCACUACUGCAACAACCAAUUCUGGGAGCUCUUCGGCCCCAACUUCCACCUCCUCUGGCCGUUUGAAUUCCGUGAUGCGUACAAGAAGAGCGUAGUCACGGGCCAGUAUCAAAUAUCGCCCAUGUUCGAGCAGAGGAUAUCCGACAUCAACGCCUGGACAAUGGGCAUGGACUUCUUCACCCGCUUCCCAGAGCUCAUCGCCGACAUCCCGGCAUUCCACUCCGUUGCCCAGGCCCUGACGCCCGCCGUCACGUCACUGCCCCCGAUCCAUCACCACGCGCUGCCUCAGCAGGCUUCCCUGUCGCAGCUGAAGGAGCGCGACGAGCGUCUGCUUCUGGAGCAGCAGGCUUCGGAGGAGCAGCAUCAGCAGCAGCAGCAGCAGCAGCAGGCUAACCAGGACGCCAUGGAUUGCUCUCAAGCCAUGCAGGUUUAUCCGGCAAGCCUCUACAGCAUGGCACCUCCUGGAUUCAUGGACGAAUUCAUCCCGCAGGGCUAUGAUGCGCACGGCCCGGCUGGAACGUACGGCUCGAUGCCUGGGUACUUUUGA